UCCUUACUGAAAUGUACGAUUUAAUAAAGAAGUUGAAUUUAUUACAAAAGCCAAAACGGCAAGAAAACAUUGUGGAAACAGCUUAUUUUAUACGAUUCAUAAGAAAAUUAACGGGCGCGUCGGUGAUAACGAUAGAAUGUACGCCCGAGAGUAGAGUCGUUCCAGCAUUUACUUGGUUUGGUUUUAUAUCUUUUAUUAUUUGGUACACUUCAUAUUUCUAUUGCAUUUUCAAAAUUAGUAUGGAGGAUCACACCAUACUAAGGGCCCUUUACAAUACGAGACUGCAACGCUACGGCGAUGACGUAGAGAGGUUUACUGUUUGUGUUUUCAUGUUGUACGCAAUGUGGAAGGUGCCCUUUGACUUGAGCGGAAGUACUGAAGAUGUCCAAUUGAUCAUUGAAAUAGAUAAAGCUUUUCAAGCUUUGAACGAGCCCAUGAUUUAUUCGAAUAGCCUGCUUUUGGCCUUCUAUUUAUUCCUCAUCCAAGUUUCUAUUUGUGGGACCCGGAUAUUUAGUGUAUGGAUGUCGCUUCGUGGUGGCACGAGCAUGCCAGCUGAAAAACUAUUUCAUAUGGUUUUCACAGAUUUCAUAAUUUUUGUAAUAACGGCACAGUACUGUUCUUACCUUUUAAUUUUGAAAAGGAGGUACAAAUUUUUGAACAGGGCUCUUAAUUCAAUAAGAUUACGUACGUCUUCAGAGUUUUUUAAAUUUCGUUUACAACAACAGGCUGUACCGAAUGCAAUUUGUAAUGUAAAAGAUAAAUAUCUGUGUAAAAAGAUAAAGGCAUGUGGAAGAAUAUACGGCAUGUUGUAUGCAGCGACCGAGACUGCCAACAAUAAAUUCGGGCUCGUGAUAUUAAUGAUGAUGUUUUUGACUCUUUUAUUUACUAUACUAUAUCUUUAUUAUUUUAUGGAAGCAACAGCAUCAGGUUUAUUUCAUGAUCCCGAGAAGUACAUUAAUUUCUUAAUUUAUGUUUUCUGGCAAAUUGUAUAUGCCAUUGCCGUUAUGUUAGUUUGCAUAUAUUUCAGCGAGAGAACAGUUACUGAGGCUCUAGUUACUCCUCAGGUAAUACACCAAAUAAUAAACAGUGGUCUGGGCAGUACGAUAGAAAUGGAGGCAAUUAAUUUGUCUCUACAAAUACUUCAUCAACGACCUACUUUUACGGCGUAUGGUUUGUUUAAGCUAGAUUACGUGAUGGUGUUGGAAGGCGCACGCUCCGUGACGACGUUUCUUGUGAUCCUGCUACAGUUCGUUACAGAUAAACAUUAG